UUGCGCCGUGUGAGCCUGCUCCUGACCAAGUGAAGCACGCACUCUGGUGCAGCAGGAAAAAAAACAAAACAAAGCACGGCUCGCUGCAGUUCUGCUCUGUGUUUGGAAUUGUAAACGCAAAAAAGUGACUUUUUUGAUGUUGCUCUGAACCUACUUCGGAGUCUGUCGCAGAGACACGGCGAAUGCCAGACGACUCAGUGAGUGAUUUGUGCUCCUCUGCUUUUGUCCUAUGGGGAGAGCGCGUGUACGGUCUAAGGGAGAACCAGGUGGAUUGCAUAUAACUGCGGAACUGAGGCAAAUUUUUUAAACGUGACCAAGAAUGAAGAAUGACCAUCUCCAAAUCGAAGAGUGACGGUUUUCUUUCCCAUCUCAUUUCAAAUGGGUGUAAUUAAUUCUUUGUUAUUUUAGCACCUUUAGAGCAUCGAGUUGAUGCUUGGAGUCAUUUUUUAUUAGAAGGAUUAGUUUCGCUGGAAAUUAGACAAAAUAGGUGAGAUAGCGACUAAAAUAACAUUCCUUUAACUGCAAAUAAUGGGAGUUUAGCACUAUCAUCUCAUUUUUAAAUAGACUAAUUCAUACAAAACGGGAGUUUCUCAAACAUACCCACUUUGGAUCUGAAGAAUGGCAAUAAACACAGAUACUGAAUUUGACCUGGGAGCACGCGGCAACCUGGGAGAAAGCGGCAGCGCGCAACCAGCCGAGUCCCAGGAGACUGAAAAACUUCUCAGUGCCACGAUCACCGAACCCGCUGGUGGCGGCACUGGGAUCAAGAUGUCCAGUUCCUUCACAGUCAAUGUUGGAGGUGAAAAAGUCACAGACGGGGACCAGAACGGUCACGGCGUACCGCUACGGUCAGGAUCGACGGGGCAACUCGGAUCGGCCCAACUCUCGCCGUCCCGGGUCAGUUUAAGUCGCACUUCAUCGACCGGCAAUGCCGUUCAAGAGGACCCCAAACCUAAAGACUAUCUCUUACUCGUCAUUCUAUCCUGCUUUUGCCUGGUGUGGCCGGUCAGCAUCGUCGCACUGGUCUAUUCAGUUAUGUCCAGAAACAGCCUUCAGCAGGGUGAUAUUGAUGGGGCCAGACGGCUGGGUCGUCUGGCUCGCCUGCUCAGUAUCGUCUCCAUCAUCCUGGGCCUUCUCAUGAUAACAGUGUACACAGUCGUGACAGUAACUGGCUAAUGAAUGGAAAACGCCUAGCCGAAGAGAAAUAACCAUCUGAAGCAAAAAAAAAACCAACAACAAAUCCCCUCACCCCCCCACCCCCAAAAACCAAUUAAAAAAAAGGUUUCCAGUGUAAUUACAAAAAAACUCCUUCUUCUAAAUUAAACCACAAAAGAAAAAAAGAAUUAAAAGGAGUGUAGUGAAAAGUAAGAUCUAUUUACAGAGAAAUGACAUGCAUGCAUUGCCUUAACGUGUGCUUGAUGAAUUGAAAAUAAUGAACAUUGACUAUUGGCUUAGUGUUCAAGAAAGAAAUUGCUGUUCCUCUGAGGAACUGACUGAAGAUUAUAAAGAGGAUGAGGAAGCUUCACCACAACCACCUUCAGCAGGAUGCAGAGACAAGGACUUCGAACUAUGAACUGCAUCAUAACCUUAUAUUACUCCAGGUCUUGUAUUCAAAAAAGUAUACAGAUGCACAGAUAUAUUUGCAAUUUAACUCUUAACGUAUAUUUUAUAUGGAGAUUUGUAUGCCAAGCUUACCUAAGGCCACGGAAAUGAACGGGAAGAAAGGCGCAAUGGACAGUUGCCUUGUCAGCACAGGCUCCCUUGUAGCCUCACUGGCUGUGUCAGAGGGAAUGGAAACAAAUCCAAACGGGACGGGUUUUUGUUCAACCUAUUUAUUUUGUAGCUUUUGUUUACAAAAACGACCACCUGCAUGUCUUCCUUAACUUUGAAUAACCUAAUGUCAUCGCCUCCCAUUAUAACCACUGUAGCUUUUCAGGUCGGGAUAGCGGAAGCAGUGGGUAUCCAGCACUGUCGGACUUUUCUCUUUGUUUUGACGUUGGGAGCAGUCUGAGUGUAGUGAAGCGCAUGUGAGCCCCCUCCCCAGUCUACGCUAACUGCUGAAGCAUGGACAUCUGUCUAGAGGCAUGAAGAGUGCCAGCAGCAUCCUAAGCCACAGCCCCACUUCAGAACAAUAUCUGAAACUAGAGUGCUAAUCACAGACCCCACUAGUGCAGAAUGCCAGGCUACGCCCUUUCAGCCUCCUAACUUAUAUGCUAUAUAUCCGUAUAUUUAAAGAAAUAUUUAGGCAUGCUGUAAGCAGACAGUACACCUGUUUUCUAUUGUCACUUGAAAACAACAUUUUACAAAUGAGGCUUUUGUUUAAGGGAUGUUGCAUUUAUAGGACACGUUUGAAAGUAUUUACUCCCUCUCUGUGAUGUCUUUAAAUUGGAGACAUGAAAAACACCCAUUUAUGAUCUAUUAUUAACAAUAUCAGUAAUGCCAAAGAUUUUUUUUUUUUUUUAGAGUCAAAGCAAAACAAUAACAGUUCCAAAAAAACCCCUCAAGGGUCUAGUCAUGCAUCUUCGAUGAACUACGACAUUCCCAUUCAGAUCUGUGUUGAGAACUCUUUGCUGAGUGGUAUCUAGUCAAUAGCGCUAUUAAUUCUGAAUCAAGUAUUUUACCUCCCUGUUCACUCAUUUCAAAGCACUUAUACUGCUUGAGAACUGGAUGAUUUUUAGCACCAAAUUCCAGAUUUUCUUUAUAUCGCAAUAAAAUGGCUGACAAAUGGGGCGAUCAACUUCUUCUGUCCUUGACACGCUGCCUUGGAAGCGUUAUUAUAACAUUAUACGGUAGCUUGCUAGCACCUACAAAACAUCCGAAAGGCAAUGACAGGUUUUGGAAUGCUGUUCUUUUAGCUGUGCCCUGAAUGUGUAUGAAUGUUAAGUAAAGAUGCUAAUUCGUAGAACAGGAGAAGCAGAGCUUUCUUCCUUGUGUCGCAUAUAUUUUGUUUGACACAUUCUAUACUUAUUGCACGGGAAUGUGCAGUUGCCAAUACUGAGGAGAUGCAAAAGUGCUAUCUAGAAACCCAAUUUUCUUUACAUUGUUUUUGGUACCUUGGUUUUCCUUGGAUACGCAUUUUUUAAUUUCAUAUUUUUAGUGUGUACUUCUGCACGUGUGGAAUAAACGUUAACAUGCAUGGUCCACAACACA